CCACCAAAAUAUUUGUCCAAGUAAUUGUUUACGCGUUAGGUUUACGAAGAUUUCACGGGAAAAUCAGACGAGGUAUAAAAUUCAUUUGUCGAAAAUCGCUGGAGAAAAACUUGUUUUAUGGUGCAUCUAAUCAGCUCUAAUUUGAAAAUAUUCAUCUAACUGUGUUUAUUUUACCCAUGGAUAACAGCUUGCAUGUAUUAAAUGUAGUCUUAUAAUAUUGGAAGAUCGAAAUGAGUUAUUAGCAUAAAACAAACAGCUUUAAUUUAACUACUUGCUUUUGUGUUUCAUCCAUCUAGAGGUUGGUCAACAUUAUACUUUGUUCCUUCAUACAUUUUAUUUGACGAAGCCACCGAAAAGAGCAGGUACUACUUCUAAAUCUGCCUAAUUUGUUUAAGAAAAAAACUCUUCCGCGGAUAAUAGUUCAAUGUCAAAAAUUUUGUUGCUUUGAAAAGCGUUUAUAAAAUCGGUUCUUGAUAAUUACCGUUCGCCAUGAAAAUUUUCAUAAUACAGCCUUGAACAGAACGUCAAAAACUGGAUAUGAUUUAUUGAAAAACAAGUGAGAAUAACCAUUCAUUCAGUCGGUAACCAUUCAAUAUGGUUACCGACCUCUGCAGAGAGAAACUGGAAGAAUACGAGAGACUUGUUCGUUAUCACAGGACUUUUAUGUUAUCUUAUUGCGUCUUAACUUUCGCGUUUUCUUUCAUUGCAACUCUUGGAAACCUACUUGUUAUCCGUGCUCUGUGGAAAGCGUCGUCAUUGCCCGAAACUUUAAGAAAGUUGUUCAUAAACCUUGCCGUCUCCGACUUGGCAGUAGGAUCAAUUGUGCAGUUAAUGUUAGGUGCAAUUAUUGCGAUCGUCUUGUACAAGGAAGCAAAUGGAAACCACAACCAAACAGUUCACAUGCUUUGCCCAGCAACUAUAAGUCUCUUUAUGUUCCUUAUAUUAACUAUGGUCUCGGCAUCGUUCUUCACCAUAAGCGCAAUUGCUGUAGAUAGAUUUCUGGCCAUCUCUCUCCAUCUACGAUACCAAGGACUUGUCACUUCAAAGCGGGUAUGGAUCGUCCUGAUGACCGUGUGGUUGAUAAGUUUUGUUAUUGCAAGUGCAUUUAUCUCAAUACCACGUUAUAACCUUGCAGUUGUUGUUGCAGCUCAGCUAUAUGGACUUGCCGUAUCUACUGCAAUAUACAUCUAUAUUUACAAAAUUGCAAGAUAUCACAGGAAUCAAAUUCAGACCCAGUGCCAAUUGCAAAAUGACCACGUCGUGAAAGUUCUUCGGGAAAAGAAAUCCGCCAUCAGCGCGUUGCUUGUCUACAUUGUCUUAAUGGUUUGCUACGUUCCAAAUUUUGCCUGUUCAGUUUUGAUGUUAGUUGACAGAUUUAAAAUGACAUUUCUGGUUGCUAAUCGCGCUUCCUUGUUUUUUGUGCUACUAAAUUCCUCCCUAAACCCACUCAUUUAUUGUUGGCGAUACCGCGAGCUUCGUGAAAUGGUGAGAAAAAUGGUUUGUGAAAUAUUUCGCUUCGGAUAGGUGCAGA